UCGUCUGGCCAUAGUAGAAGUGAAAAGUUGAUAAUCGAUAUCUAAAACAGAUAUGAUCGAAUAUCAUGCCGACCAAUAUCAUUGUCACUUGUUUGUCCAACAAAGGAGGUCUGGAUCCCACCGUUGCCACCAAUGCAAUAUUAAAAAGUAUUAAGAAGCUGCCUGACUAUGAGUGGUUUGGAAUACCAUGGCUGUCUUGGACUGUAGAUGGAUUAUUUGGGAUUAGCAUGCUGGUAUUGGGAUCCCAAGGUAAUAGUCAGGCACUGGGCUUGGGGCCGAAACAAUCUGGUCGAGGACCAGUUUCUUUACUAUUUUUAAUAUUUGACCGUGUUCCUUUGGUUGUACACUAUCAUUGUCCAACAUUUUGCUUUACAAAAUCCUUCUAGCUGCAGAGCAUCCAAAACCAUGGAAAUAACUGUCUAAACAUGCAGCACUUCAACCAAAGACGUGAUGAUCCAGUCUAAAAAAAGAAACAAAAAGCUACUCCAGUAGCUCUGUUACUAGAAUAGCUCUAAUAACAGAGCUACCAGCUCCUCCAACUUGCUGUCACUAUUAGUGGUGCCAAUCUAUAAAUGAUUAUUAUUCCUUCUUGAAGUUAACUUUUAACAUGUGUGACCCCUGACUGCAGCAUAUUCAGGUAUUCCACCAUACAGAGGAUCUACAACAUACUAGCCCUGCUGCUGGAAGCUGAUUGUGAAAAAGAUCCAAUCAGCUGGGCUUAUCUGGAGCUGAAUGCUAUUGUUAUGGACUCUGAAGUGAUGGGGAUGUGUGUGAAUGAGCCUGUUGUCACUCAGUAUGUGACUACAGAACCUCAAAAAAAUAGAUGGUAUUUUCAAGUCUGUCUUGUUCCAUUUAGAUUAAUAAAUAAGCUGCAACCUGGCACAGUUAAGAAGAUCAACCACUCCCAGCUGAACUGGCACAAGCUUGAAAACCUUGGGAAUUUCAUCAAAGCAAUCCUGACCUACGGCCUGAAGCCUACUGAUAUCUUUGAGGCCAAUGACCUGUUUGAAAAUGGAAACAUGACUCAAGUACAGACCACACUGCUUGCACUGGCCAGCAUGGCAAAGACAAAAGGCAUGGACACAAAGAUUGAUAUUGGGGUGAAAUAUGCAGACAAACAAGCACGGCAGUUUGAUGAAGAGAAGAUCAAGGCUGGGCAGUGUGUCAUUGGGCUCCAGAUGGGAACAAACAAGUGUGCCAGUCAAGCUGGAAUGACAGCGUAUGGAACCAGAAGACAUCUGUAUGACCCAAAGACCCACACUGACAAACCGUAUGACCAGACCACCAUCAGUCUGCAGAUGGGCACCAACAAAGGAGCCAGCCAGGCAGGCAUGUCGGCUCCUGGUACCCGUAGAGACAUCUUUGAUCAGAAGGUGGCGCUGCAGCCACUUGACAACUCCACCAUCUCCCUCCAGAUGGGUACCAACAAGGUGGCAUCUCAGAGGGGCAUGAGCGUGUACGGUCUGGGCCGGCAAGUUUAUGACCCCAAGUACUGCGCCCCUCCAACAGAACCAGUUAUUCACAAGAAUGGUAGCCAGGGCACCGGUACAAAUGGUUCAGAAAUCAGUGACAGUGAUUAUCAGGUUGAAUUUCAGGAAGAGGAGUACCACGCAGGUUACCAUGAUGACUACAACUCUCACUAUAAUGAUCCCAAUAUUGACUAUUAGUACAGAGAUUUAGGUGUAAAGCAGUAUUAUUUUAUCCCA